CUGACUGGGUGCGCAUCGUGCCUGGCAUCCCGCAUCUCACUGCGCGUCCUUCCACAGCCUCAACCACUUCCGCCUCAUCUCUCCUCCACUCCACUCUAUUCCUCUACACCGCCGUCACCAUUUACCUACCCAUUUACGACAUGUAUUAGCGAUCCACGAUUUAUACAACGUACAUCAUUUGGUACCCACCUUACCCACCAGACAUCUAGAGACUCCGCAAUGGUCGAGUCCAACGAUGACGCAACCCGGCUCGCUGGUCGACCUACCUCCAUCACGUCCAGCAGAUCUAGACGAUCACAACGAAGUAAAAAUCAUGAAGAGACACCUCUUCUCGCCCGAAGUGAUCGCGAAGACAGUGAUGUAGAGGAUGACGAUGCGAAUCAAGAACUGCCGUCUGCAUCGCGCGCCUCGGCGUUCCUCCAGUCACUCCGGAAUCUCAGGGAUAGAAAGCUCUCGUCGAGCAAGAAGAGAAGAUGGCCAAGUCUUAUUGCACUUUUGGUGCUCUUUAUAGUCCUAGUACUAGUCCUGGUAUUCGGAUUCAUAAUGCCCGCGGCUGUCAAAGAGUAUGCGACCCAAGCCGUUGAUUUCCAACCAACAAGGCUCUCACUAGUCUCCCUCACUGAGACUGGCGUGCGAGUACACGUGGAAGGUGACUUCGUCGUGGACGCUUCCAGGGUUUCAAAAAAGUCAACAAGAGAUUUUGGGAGAUUUGGAACCUGGAUCGCGAGGGAGGUGGAGACUGGAGAGUCAGAGGUCACGGUCUACCUUCCGGAGUACGACAAUAUCCCUGCUGGGAAGGCUAUUAUACCCUCCAUCAAGGUCAACAUCCGUAAUGGACACGUAAAUCACAUCGACUUCCAUACCAUCGUACAGCCUGGCGUUGUCGAUGGCCUGCGAGACGUCGCUAAUGAUUGGCUCGAAGGUCGCCGUGGGGAUAUUAUACUUCUUGGAAAAGCUGAAGUACCUCUGAAAUCUGGAAUCUUCAGCCUCGGUAAACAAACACUAGAACAGCCACUGAAGAUCGAAGGGUCAAAGAUACCGGCUGUCCCGAAUUACGAUAUUGCCAGACUGGACAUUCACGAGAUGAAUAAUACCAGUAACCGAGGGGGCAUGAGCGCGGAUGCAACGAUAAUCAUUGAAAACGACUUCCCGGUCGCCCUUAAUGUGCCUGCUGUAGGAUUUGACGUUAUGGUUGAUGGAUGUACCCCGCUAGAUUCGUACAUCACCGUUGGAAAUGCGUCUACAUCCCACUUGGAUAUAAAGCCGAAUGCAGAUGUCCACGUUUUUGCAUCUGGAGAUGUCCGGGAACUGCCACACGCUCUUACUAAAGACUGUCCAAAUUCCGAUAAAUCACCUCUUGAUCUCUUUCUCACGAACUAUAUUCAUGGCGAAGAUAGCCAGAUCUAUAUCAACUGCUGUACUUUCCCAGAUCCGGAUACUCCAUCAUGGGCAAACGAUAUACUGAAGGACAUCGUCGUUCCUCUGCCCUUCCCUGGCCGAACAUUCGAUCAUCUCCUAAAGAAUUUCUCGUUGGCAGAUGUACAAUUCCAUCUGCCUGAAAUGUGGGCUGAGCCUGGUACGCCAGCUGCACAGCCCAAGAUAUCGGCCAACAUCAUCGCCCUAGUCGGGCUACCGAAGGAGAUGAACUUUCGUUUGGAUGUUGGUCACGUACGUGCCGAUGCCGACAUCUACUACAAACAUAAGAAGAUGGGCAGACUUGACCUCAAUAAAUGGCAACAGGCCCAUUCCAAGAGAGUCGACAACUCGACAGAAGGGCCGGAGCUAGAAAUCACCUCUCAUGUCGACAAAGCACCUCUGGAGAUUCUAGACGAGGAUGCUUUCACAGAGAUCGUUCAGACACUACUUUUCGGGGGAAGGACUCUCUACCUUGAGGUCAAGGCCAGUGUCGAUGUGCAAGUUGAUACCCCUCUUGGCAACAUCACUGUCCAGCAGUUGCCCGCAAAGGGUGUUGUCCCUGUGAAACCGGUAUCCUCGGGUGAUGGUGGCAUGGGAUCUAUUCGCCCACAAGUUGGGAAUCUCGAAAUCAUUGAUACUGAUGAUCGUUCUGUGACGGUCCAAGCCAGAGUUAAUCUCACAAAUCCUACCAACUAUUCCGCCAUCGUCCCAUACGUUAACAUCAACAUUCUUAACAAUGAUACCAUACUUGGCCACGCUAUCGCGGAGAAUAUAACGGUACAUCCUGGCAAUAACACUAAUUUACCUGUAAAAGCCAUAUGGCAGCCUGGCGUCGCCGAGGGUGCAAAGGGUCACAAAAUCGGCAGAGAGUUGAUCUCCCAAUAUCUAUCUGGCUACAAUGUGACCCUCACGCUCCAAACUCACGCCUCCACAAUCCCUGCCCAACCCUUCCUCGGCCGUCUUCUCUCCUUCUUCCCCAUCACUAUCCCCGCCCCGCACCUUCACCAACCUCCUCCCGGUGACGACCCAUCCGAUGACCCUGAUGAAGACUCUCCCAACGACCCACCAAAAUUCAUCCGCCGCACCAUCAUGCAUAUUUUCAGUUCCUCUGCGACAUUCGACCUCCUCUCACCCUUCUCAUCCACCACACUGUACCUCACAUGGUUAAAUGCUACCGCGUUCUACCACGAAGAGCCCGCCGGCAAGAUCCUGUAUGAUGACGAGAUUGAGGUGCCGCCAGGGCUGAGCACAACGCCAAGAUUGCCCGUGAAUUGGGAACUGGGCAGUGUGGGCUUUGAGGCUAUUCGGAAGGCGCUUGGUGGCAGGUUAAGGUUGAAUGCUACAGCUACUGUAGGCGUGAGGAUUGGAGAGUGGGAGCCGAGGGGCGGGUUGUGGUUUGUUGGUAGGGGCAUCGGCGCUGGGGUUCGGCCGUAGUGACGGUGAAGUGGAUCAAGCUCUGCAGUAUGUUUGUGAUUUGGUAGCGCCUUUACACGUGUGGCGUUUGUUGUGGGAUAUAUCUGGGAUUGAGUAGUGAAAAGCCCUCGGAGAUCUUUCAGUCAGGGAGGUUGGAUAGGUAUCUACACCUGUUCAUGCCGUUCGUAUCGUGUAUUGAGCAACUCACAGCUAUCUGGGCUCGUUUAUGUAUACUUGUAAACGAUAGAUGGUCGCAAUUGUUCAUUGACGUAGAAAAGAGUAUUAGAUGUAGCUGUAGAAGCAUUGCUACAGAAAUGAAAUAUGCUAAUACCAUAUGGCAUAUGAGAUCCCACGUCUACGGCAUUGUAUCAAGUUGCAUGUUUAUGCUAUGGGGAGAUAAACAUCUGAAAAGGAGCAAUUUAUGGCGUGUGAAGCUACAAUUUUGCCACAUAGAGUUUAGCGUGAUUAUCACACGCUAGUCUGCAUUAGUAAAUACUG